AUGGUUCGAUCAAUUGAACAACCGCCCCCUGAAACGCUGCCCCUCGACUUGUCCAAGUAUCCCAAAUUAUCUGCCGCCCAGGUUGGCCACCUCCGGCACUUCCACAACCUCGCAUAUCAACCCGAUGGAGAGUGGAGCAAGAUGGGCGCCCAAGAGCCUCUCCAGGAGUUCCUCGACGCCUACCGGUAUCAGCUGGCCACGAUGGCCUAUGCCACGGGGGUCGCUCACUACCACCGCUUACCCACCGCGCGCUCCAUAUUCAAGCCCCUGCUACGGCAGCUGAUCCACAAGAUGCUCCGACGAGAGGUCUGGGCGUACUGGUUCACGACUUCUCUCGGCGGCGUCCGCACCGAUCCCAGUCUGCAGAAGCUGCGAGAGCCGUGGGCCGACCCCGUCGUGAGGGAGAACAUCAUGUACAGUGGCCAUCUGUUGUUGAUGACGAGUCUGUACGCCAUGCUCUUUGACGACGACGAGUUCGAGAAGCCCGAGUCCAUCGUGUUCAAGUGGGAACCCCUCUUCUUCGGCCUGGGCGACGAGACCUUUUCCUACGACAACCGCAGCCUCCAGGCCGCCAUCACGAGGGAGAUGGCGAGAAAUGGCUACGUGGGCGUCUGCUGCGAGCCGAAUGUAGUGUUUGUCGUGUGCAAUCAAUUCCCAAUCAUCGCCAUGAGAUACAACGACUCUCGAGACGGCACGAACAAAGUCGACGACCUGCUCACCAAGUACAAAGCCGCGUGGGACAAGAAAGGCAUGGUAUCUCCCGACGGCCUCUUCGUCGACAUGUGGAUGGUCAAGCAGGAUUUCAUCGUCCCUCCACAAGACGUGGGCUGGACAGCAUGGGCCAGCACCUUCAUGAACGCCUGGAACCACGACCUCGUGACGAGUCUCUACCCGAAACAAAUCACCGGGUUCGUCACGACCGUCGACGGCCGCGUGCGUCUCCAGCCGCCCGUCGUAGCCAACCACUAUCGCCGCUUGGCUGCAGAAUCGCCAUCGCUCCCCGACGCGGAGAAGCUGUCUCGGGCCAUUGCGCUCGCGAAGGCCGACAUCGCAGCGAGCCCCGCGCCUCCCUUUCCCUACACGAAGCCCUCGUUCGGCUACGUCGCGCAAUGGCUCUCGGAAUUGGGCCACACAGACCUGCUCGACGGCCUGCUGGCGUACGCCGACGCCGAAUUGAACCCAACAUGGGACAACGGCGGGCUGUACUACCCGCGCAACGACACGCCCUUUGUCUUUACCAGUGACCACGGCGUCAAGUGGACCCACGUGUCCCCCUUCUGCGGCAACGCCGCCAUCGCGUACAGUCGGCUGAACGUCAAGGAUGGCCAACGCACAAUGUACGCCCACCCGUGGACGCGCGAACAUCUGGCGAGCACACCCUACGUGGAUGGUCUGGAUUUUGCGGCCCUGAGCGUCCUCCGCGCGGUAUGGGACGCGGAGCAACAAGCCCUCAUCCUCACGGUCAAGGGGUGGGAUUUUGAAGGCCGCUUGUGCCCGCAGAACGUGACCUUUGAGGCUGUGGCGAAGCAGCUGCCCACAGGAAGUUGGGCGGUGUAUGUCAACGGCAGGCUCACGGACACCGCCGACGUCAAUGGCGGGGACAAUUUCCCUGUCAAGUCGCAGGUCAAGAAAGGCGAGGAAGUCGAUGUCGUCUUCAUGAGGGUUGGAGAUGUGGUUAAUGGUCAGGCCAAUGGACAUGCAAAUUGA